CUGCAGUCUUUCUGUCCCCGAAAACGUAUUAAAAAGUAAUAAUAAUAAUUAGCAGUAACGCAACACAAACCGAUCGGCUGCUGUGACUGCCUGUGAGUUAAAGGUAAACAAGAGGCUCAGCUGAUCGGCAGGAGGCGGCUGCUGCUAUCUACUGUCACUUCUGCUGUAUUUCUCCUGUUGCUGUUGAUGUAUUCUGUUGUAUCUCAACUACUACCGUCUGUCUGCAGUUACUGUCAAUCCUGUUGCAGUAUCACUUCCGUAGCUGCUGCCGGCGUCGCUGUAGGUGGGGAUGUCGGACCAGGUCAAGCUAGUGAUCGCCGGUUUGCUGAGUGCCCUUCUAGCCUGCGGCCUUUACCAACACCUCUUUGACCACCACCCUAACAAGUGUCAGAUGACCUAUAUGUACCAGCUUCCCCAGUUUAUUCCCAUAAAGCUUCCUUCACAAGUGGUAGAGCGUUUUCCAUACUACGGUGUGUAUGCAUAUGGAGAAGGAAGCUAUUCUGACUCAUUGAAGAAGGGCCUUUACACAGGCAUUCCAGUUCUCUUUAUACCUGGAAAUAGUGGUUCCCAUAAGCAGGUUCGGUCAUUGGCAUCAGUGGCAUACCGCAAGAGUCUUGAUGAUGAAAAAGACUUCCAUUUUAACUUCUUUACUGUGGAUAUCAAUGAAGAACUGGCCGCAUUUUAUGGACCUGUAUUAGAGAAGCAAACGGAAUUCAUUGCCAUUGUUGUGAACCGGAUACUAGAAUUGUACACUGAUGCUCCAGUCAUACCUAAAUCUGUUAUCCUAGUUGGUCACUCAAUGGGAGGUAUGGUGGCCAGAGCGGUAUAUACAAUAAAUACGGUAUCACCAUCCAAAGUGUCCCUCAUCAUUACGCAGGCUACACCACACACCCGUCCAGUAGUUGUCCUGGACCAGUAUCUUGAGCAGUUUUAUGAGAAAGUCAACACGUAUUGGAUUAUGGAACGCUCACUUGAUUUAAAAGACGUUGUUCUGGUGUCUGUUGGAGGUGGUAGAAAUGAUGUGCAAGUGCCAACAUCUCACACCAUUACUCCUCUUGCUGAUGUUGCCACUGUUACCUCUAAUGUGCCCUCUUGUUGGUUGACUACUGACCACCAGGCCAUUGUUUGGUGCAGACAGCUGGUGUUAGCAACAGUUCGAGCUUUGUUCGACUGUAUUGAUCAAAGCACUUUGAGUCUCACGACUGACAGGAAGCACAUUGUUGAUGUUUUUGAGUAUCAUCUCGCAAAGAGAAUCACUGGAAAACGCUACGUAAGUUCCUUUUACCCUACCCCUAUUGAGUUGGACAAGGAGGGAGACUGGAAUGAAAUAGUGAAGCGCCAGCAAACUCACAUAGCCCUGACAACACCACGCAAGACCUAUCUCGUGAUACCACUGAAUCCUGGCCAUCAGUUUUACCAUGAAGCAACCAUAGUUGCUACAAAUUUGGACAAUAAGCACUGGGUUGUAGCUUGUAAUGUUGACCAUGUGCACAAAGGUACACGGAUGUGCUUGACAGGAGAGAAUCUAUCGAGCAAAACAAAGAAGAUGAAGGGCAAAAUGAAGAUGGUGGAGCUAGACUUGGGAAGCCUUAGUGAAGCUGGCCAUACACACAUCAUUGUCAGCAUUCCUCCCACUGAUGAAAGAGUGGAGGUUGCCAUUGAUGUGCACAGUAAAACAGGACGGCAGAGGGCCAUCGAUGUACCAGUCUUUUUCCGCUCUUUUAUGCAAACGUUAAUUGUGGACACAACUCCGCAAAAAGCACUGUCAUAUAACGUAACUCUCAAAGGUCUACAAGACAUGUGGCAAUCCUUUAAGUUAAUUCUGCGACCUCGAUCAUCAUGUGUAACUGAGAAGGUCCCUAUGGCUAAAAUAUAUUUGCCUUGGGCUCAGAAAGAGUUUUACCUGCAUAGUAGUGGUCCAGGUAUAUCUUAUGUUGCUGAGCUCGACAUCCCACGUCUUGAUGAUAAUUCCUCUGCUAGCAUUCAGGUUAUUCUUAAUCCUGAAUGUACCUACUCCAUACUUAUUCAAGGCAGCUUGGUUGGUGUGUUUCGGCGCUUAAUGUGGCUGUACGGUUCCCAGAUUCCAACGUACUGUGCUGUGCAUCUUCUUCUCACCCUGGCUACGCAGCUGCGGACGAUUGGGAAUGAUGGUUACUGUCCAUCCUUCUUUUCAUCCAUGCUUACCCUCUCACCAUUGGCCAUUGUUCCUUUUAUUAAGAUCAGCAGCAUUGUAUUGAAUAAACUUGACAUGUCUGAUGAUUUUAUCAUUAUGAAUAAUAAUGGAGAAGAACUCACAGCCCUUCCGAUAUUAUUCUUCCUGGGAACAUUGCCUUUGUCGCUAGCCAUGGGUGCUGCUGCCUGGGGCCUAGUCCUGCUUUGUGGCAAUGCAGCACACGCCUUUGUUAUUAGAAUUCUGGGACACAGACUGGGUGGAACAGAUGUGAUUGCUGAUCUUGCAGUGUCAGGACUGUCUCGUGUGCCAGUAGUGGUGUGUGUAGCACUGACCUCUCUGGCUUAUUCUUCAUGUGGCACUCUGGCACUGAGCAUGGCUGGCAUGUUUUACUUCAUAAAGGUUUUCAAGCUAUAUGAAGACUACAUAGAGAGAAUUGUGUUGGGACUAAUACCAGGUACAUCAGGCAGUGGAAAGUCAACAGAUCGGGCUCUGUCGAGAGUCCACUUCCACCUGACUCUCAUGAUGUUGGUGUUCCUUGUUGUCAUCCUCAACACACCAACUCUUGUUAUUUGGAGUAGAUUAGUAAGUAAUAAUCUACAGCUUACGGAAGACCCGACACUUGCAGUAACAAUCGUUGUUCUAGUCACACUCUGUUUCCUAUGGCAGAAGAAACUCCCAAAUAUGGACAGAAAAUUCUACAAGCAGGCAUCUUGGAUGGUGCACUUCAUGUCGUGCAUCACACUGAUGUUCGGCAGUGUGCACGUAUACCGUGUGUCGUACUUCAUAAUGGGAGCUCUAAUAAUGGUUGCCUUACAUCAGACUUUGGCUCCCCAUGCAUCUGAUGAUGAUGAAAAUGAAGAUGAUGAUCCACCUAGCAGAAGCAACCAGCCUUUCAUGGCUCAAGUAAUGACAGAAGAUACCACCGCCACAGAGGGUACUCACUCGGCAGCGACCACACCCGGCUCGGAUGGUUCUCAGAACACUGGAGAGUCGGCCAGUGAGUAAAGCACUAUUGUGAGGCAUUUGCAGUGCUUCAAGAUGUCUUUGGGUGUGAGAUUCAAUAUAUAAUAUAAUGUUCUGUUUUGUUUGAUUGUUGCAAGAAGUUUAUUAAAACUGAGCACUAAUCAUAAGUACAGUACUGUAUUAGAUGAUUUAUUUCAGCAGCUGACAAUUGUGUGUUUCACAUAUUUGGUUCGUACACAUGCAAGAAUGUGAAUGAAUGAAUGAAUAAACAAACAAUUGAUUGUUA